AUGCCAUUUAUACCAAAUAACUUAGAGAAAGAAAUUAAAAAGAAACAUUCAAGUACAAUAUCUUUUGAAGAAUUAAUUUCAUGGAUUACUCCACUUCAAUAUCAAUUUUUUGAGGUAUUAAAAUAUCUUCAUUCAUUACAUAUUGUUCAUCGUGAUAUAAAACCAUCUAAUUUUUUAUUAACAGAUAAACAACAAAUUCAGUUGAUUGAUUUUGGUAAUGCUUAUCAUUACCAUUCGAAUGAAUUAGUUAAAGCAAAUUGUGUAACUCCAAAUUAUCGUCCACCUGAAGGUGAUUUAAAUAUUUUAGUAAAUCCACAAAGUAUUGAUGUAUUUUCUAUUGGAUGUGUUCUUUUUGAGAUGAUAUCUGGUAAGUUAUUUCUUCAAAUAAGUAACAACAAAACAAUAUUUGACUUUAUAAAUUCUACUUAUUCUUUUGAUGCAAAUGAAAUUUUAAUGAAUCCUUCAAUAACUAUUCCAACUACAUUAACUGUGUCACAGUCUUUAAUAGAUUCUUCGAUUCCGUACCACACUAAAAAUACUACUACAGAUAUUAGAAGAAAAGAAGACCUUAUGAGAUACUCUCAAAAUGAAAAGGAUAUGAAAAAUUUUGAAUGUUAUGAACAAGCUAUUUUACUGGCUAUCUUAAAUCCAUUUUGUGGAUUUAAAUUACAAAAACCAUUUAAACAGUCAAUUACAAUUACAAGCAGACCAGAAGUAGUUUGUUUGUAUUUUGAUUAUGAAGAAAUAGAAAUUAGAAGACUUGCCGAACAACAAUGUGAAUUAUUUGCUCUUCAAUCAACUACUCAAAAUGUCUCUGAAAAAACUCGUAUGAGAAGAUUUUCUAAAAAUCGUUCAACAUUUACUUUAAAUUUUCUUUAUGAUAUUUGUCUUGAAUAUGGAUUCUUCUUCAAUUCGGUAUUAUCAAAAAAAUCAAAGAAAUGUUUUCAAGUUGAGAGAAUCCAUCAAAUCUUUUAUUACAACAAAUUAUGGUAUGGCUAUGAUGAAAUAGUUUUUCUUGGUCAGAAAUUAAACUCCUAUUUAUUUUCUCUUGUUCGAGACCAAAAAGAUAUUGUUGUUCCACGUGGAGAUCCCUAUAUUCAAAAACUAGCACUAACAAAUUUUUGUCUAUGCCCUACUCUCUCUAAGUGA